GGACUUAAAGGCGCUUGAAGCCCGUCCCAGAUCUUCAUUAAGGGGGCGCGGAUACUCCAACACUUCAGUGCGUAAAAGUUGCCCGAGAUGCGCGCACACCACGCAGACCUCGUGCCUGUAGCCGUUUUGAUCCGAUCUUUCUCAUCAUCAUCAUCAUCAUCAUGUAAAACAUGCCUCCUUAAUAGAGGGCUUUGUAUUAUCCUACAACAGCAAUCAGCACUGGAGUGACUGAAGAGUUUCUGUUGAUUGACAGAUUAAAGGGAAACAUGAGCCGAUUUUAUUAUCGCAUGCUUCUUUUUCUGUUUACUUUCUUCAGCACUGUUUUACUUCCGACUUCUGGAAAUUCACGGAAUGAAGCUGACAGCAGCAGAGAAGAAUGUCCUGAAAAUAAGAUCGUGACAGUGGAGUACCUGUGUAUCAGAGCAGGAGGAGAGAGCGGCACAUGCCUCAGGAGGAAGUGCUGUAAAGGUUUCAGGUUCGUCAUGGGUCAGUGUGUACCAGAAAGUGUUGAUGUAUGUGCGGGUUCUCCGUGUGAGCAGCAGUGUAUGGAUAACUUUGGCCGGGUGGUGUGUACGUGCUACAGCGGCUACCGUUUUGACCGGGAAAGACACCGGCAGCACCUCCACCCGUACUGCUUAGAUGUAGAUGAGUGUGAGGAGUCUAAUGGAACACUGUGUGAUCAUGUGUGUGAAAACACACCCGGCAGUUUCCGGUGUCGUUGCAGUGCUGGAUACACACUGGCUGCAGACCAGCACUCCUGCAUACCUGUACACAAACUCUCCCACUCUACAGGGAAGUCUGAUACUCAGAUGAGUGCUGGUUCCUGUUCUCUCACCUGUCAGGACAUCAUGAACAUGAGGAACAGCCUACAGCAGCUCAAACUCCGCCUGGGACACACACACUCCAGUGGACAGGUGAUCACACCUGAUUUAGCUAACAGCAGUGAAAAGCCACUUCCUGGUAGAGUUGGGAAAAAUCAUAAUAGCAACACUAUGUACGGUCCUCCAGGGCUUCCUGGACCUCCAGGGCUGCCAGGACCUCCAGGACAGAAAGGAGAACCAGGAUCCAUCGGUCCUCCAGGGCUUCAGGGACCCAGGGGUGAUAUGGGCCUGAUGGGUCCACAACAUGACCUGGAGCAUGUGAAGAGGGGACGCAGAGGACCUGUGGGACCACCGGGAGCACCGGGAAGAGAUGGGCUUAAGGGUGAACAAGGUUCUCCUGGACCCCGAGGACCACCGGGACCUCCCGGAUCUUUCGACUUCCUCCUCCUGAUGAUGGCAGACAUCCGUCACGACAUCAUCGAGCUGCAAAACAAAGUUUUUGGAAAGAGGACAGACUUCUUACUGGACACGCCCCCGGAGUCAACAGAAGACACUGAGUUUAAAGACUCGGGUUCAGGACAGGAUGAGACGGACACGAUACUCGGUACGUGAUGGCACGUGAAAACGUGCGAAGACGUGGCAGAGCGAUGAAAUGUCAUUCGGACAGAAAGGAGAGACAACACACCGCUAUAGAGGACAUGAAUCUGGAGCUGGCUGUGUUCAGGACUGAAACUUUUUAAACAAUUCAAGCAGCGGUUUCUCCUUCAGUGUACAGAGAGCUGUGAGAUCCCUGAACGUCGGAGAGAGAGCAAAUAAUAGAGCAGAGAGUCUCAUCUAAGCACUAAUCAUUUACAAACCAGUCAGAAUGACAUGAAUGGAAAUGAGAUGAUGUGAAUUAUUAAAUCGUUCUCACCACCUGAACAUUAUGCGGAUAUUUUAUAGCCAUCUGCCCUCAAUUACAAUUUUAAUUUGAAAUCAUUCACUUAACUUUUUAUCCAUUUAGAGUUGUGUUUAUUGUUGGAAAAUCAAUGAGUCAAGUUUAUAGGCUCUUAUAAAAACAGCCGUUCCUUCGCUAGCCUCUAUUUUAAUAAGAGAUCAGACUGAAGACUUAGAGCUUUACCUCUGACUGUUACAAUAAAGCUCUGACACUGGAGACUCCUUCCAAAAAGAGUUCAAUAAAAAUCUCCUUAUAGAAAAUUACACACAUUAUUGUAAUCUGCAUUAAGUGCAUUAUUAUGAAUGUUAUUAGGGGGCACGGUGGCUUAGUGGUUAGCACGUUUGCCUCACACCUCCAGGGUCGGGGUUCGAUUCCCGGUUCCGCCUUGUGUGUGUGGAGUUUGCAUGUUCUCCCCGUGCCUCGGGGGUUUCCUCCGGGUACUCCGGUUUCCUCCCCCGGUCCAAAGACAUGCAUGGUAGGUUGAUUGGCAUCUCUGGAAAAUUGUCCGUAGUGUGUGAUUGAGUGAGUGAAUGAGAGUGUGUGUGUGCCCUGUGAUGGGUUGGCACUCCGUCCAGGGUGUAUCCUGCCUUGAUGCCUGAUGACGCCUGAGAUAGGCACAGGCUCCCCGUGACCCGAGGUAGUUCGGAUAAGUGAUAGAAGAUGAAUGAAUGAAUGAAUGAAUUAUGAAUGUUAUUCGUCGGGCAGAUGGAACUCCGAUCAGAGCUGCUGCUUCUGUAUAAAAUGAAUCGUAAUGAAUUUCGGACUCUAGUGCACUGUAGUGAAAGAGCUGAUCCUCUAAACACAACCAUGCCAUGUCACCACAAUAAAAUUUUCCUCCUGUUUCACUCUUGAAUAAAUAAAUUCAUUAUUGGAACUCUUUGAAGAAUACUGCUGUUAAAAAUAAACCAAU